AUGUCGGCAUCGCUGGCUUCCACUUCUGCUACGACAGUGGUAGCGUCGCCCCUCACAUCACCCUCGUCGCAAGAUGCCAAGACUGCCUUGGUAGCCGCCAGUCUCAGCUCCAGCGCAGCUUCUCCUCUCCUCCCUUCAUCGUCCCCUCGAUCACGCAGCACGAAGCUGCAUUCGGAUGGUCACGACUCACCACCACGUUCCGCAGGAUCCCCCUCCUCUCCGAAUCUGGCAGCUGUCAGUCAGGAUGGGUGCAUGCGCGCGGCAUCUUCUUCCAGGCACACCAUGGGCACCUCUUCGCUGGCAACACCAGCAGUCGGCCUGCCGUUGGUGGAUGACGCGCUUGUCAAGCCAUCUUGGCACGCGCAGUCAUCUUAUUCAUCUUCCAAAGCCUCGUCAUCCCUUCCCAACUUGUUAGGCGAAGGCGAACGGCGAGCGCCGCUGAUGCGAGAACCCAGCUUGGCCAGAGCGCCGACUAGACAGGGCCGAAAUGUGCGCCAGACGGCGGCUGGAGCGACAGUGGUGGGAGGAGGUGUGGACCUGAAAGUCGUGAUCCUCGGUGCACAAGGUGAGUGUGCGAGUGCUGUGCAAGAAAGUGUGUUCGGUCCGCUCACUGCUCCCUCAAUUCGACCGGUCAGGCGUUGGCAAGACAUCGCUGGUCCAUCGCUACAUCACUGGCACUUUUCAGGCAUCCUCCAUACCCAGCACCAUCGGCGCCAGCUUCUUGACGCAGAAGCUCGUCGUGGAUGGCACAAAGGUCCGCUUGCAAUUGUGGGACACUGCAGGGCAAGAAAGGUUCAGGAGCAUGGCGCCAAUGUACUAUCGAGGGUCCAACGCCGCCGUCAUCGUCUACGACAUUACCAAUGCGGCGUCGUUCCAAGAUGUCAAGACGUGGAUCGAGGAGCUGAGAAAAAAUGUGACGUCAGACCUCAUCAUUCACGUCGUUGGCUCCAAGCUGGACUUGGCUCCUGCGCACCGGGAAGUCUACCUGGACGAGGCUCGCGAUGCGGUCGCGGGUUGGACCGCACCGGAUGCUCAUGCUGUAGGCGCGAGCAAUGACUUUCCAGCUAGCCAAUCGCCAGCUUCUCCUUCCCGCUUGGGUCUGGGAAAUCUCGGAUUGAGCUCCUCCAGAAUAGGCUUUUCGCGCAUGGGCGUCUCUUCUGCUGUUCCCGCGGGGGCGGCGGCAGGGGCCAACUCGAACGCUAGCAGCGGCACGUCGGGAUCCGCGGGAUCUUCGGAAGCGGGCGGCGGCGCUUCGAACGUGCAGACCUCUUCUUUGGGGCGUAUGCUUUCCAGCUGGGAAAGCGUCGAGGUGACGGAAGUAUCUGCGAAAGCGGGAGAGGCGGUGGAAGAUGUGUUUGUAAACAUCGCUGGCAGGCUCGUCGAGAGGAAAGCAGAAAUCGAGGCGGAGAGGAGGAGGAGGGAUAGGGACUCCAUCAUGCUCAGAGACGAGUCGGAUGCUGCUACUGCUGGGCGCGCUUCGUCUGGCGGGUCACAUUACGUCUCCUCAAGAAGAGGUGGCUGGGGAGGUUGCUGUUAGUGACCGCAAUCCACCGCUGACGGUAUAAUGUCGAGUGUGGCUCGCGGGUCGACCGCAGCUCUCUUGUGGACACGCCCGCAUCCAACGCUCGGGACGAAUGUCUGGGCGACGACAAGCCUCUUUUUUCCGACCUCACCCUAAUAUGCCGGUCUUGCUACACUCUUCUCGACGCCCAGGCAGCUCGAACAAUAUCAGUGACGAAAAUGCCACACGUUUGCCGCAUCGUCAAUCCUUCCCAAACAUACCCCGGACGAUAGAAGCUGGUCUUCCGUUCAACGCCUCCUAA